ACGCACGGCAAAAGUAAAUAAAAACCCUUUUUUUUUCUUCUUAAAAUUUUAUUUUUGUUUAAUUGAAAAUUAUACUAUAAUCGAUGGGCGAUUCAUUUUUUGGUUUUAAUACCAAUCUACCGCCUUUGAGUGAGGAUGAAAUGCGUGCUUUAACUGAACAAGGAGGAGGAAACAAUAACAGAAACCAAGUUCAGAAUUACGACCAUGUAGAUGCUGACGUGUAUGAUUUUGCUACUCUUCGUCAUGAACUCGGUGUUCAUGACGAGCCAGAAGAGAAGCAAGAUGGUCUUGGAGAUCAGCUUAUUGAAGAAGGUGAUGAUAAUAACAACAUGACUUUUGGUGAUGCUCCCGUUGGAAAAGAUUUUGACUUUUCUGGAAAUACGCAGAGAUUCUCUGCAGGUAUUUCUGAGGAAGAAGCCUUUUAUGCCAAGCGUAAACAACAAGAAGACCAAGAUAUAGCAAAUCAAGGUGCGUUCCGUAAUCCUUGGGCUGCUCCUCCUGUUCGUCAGCCCGUUACUGCAUCUGGUAUGGGAAGAAACUUUGGAGAGGCCUCACCAAUGGGACCUUCCAAGUCUAUUUGGGGUAACUUUGGAAGUGGCCUUUCACCUGGUGACAAUGGUGGGUUUUCAUCCUUAUCAGGUAACCCUAAUGGAUUAUCACCCUUUUCUAAUGCCAACCGUCAUCCUCAACAACAACAGCAACAACAUCAUCAACAUCAACAAUUUGUUGGAGGUAUGUCACCUACUACCUCGGCUGGAUAUCAACAGCAACAACAGCAACAGCAACAACAACGUCGUCCUGUCACUUUGGAAGAUAUUGAGGCUGAUAUGCAACGUCAACAAGCUAACCGUUACCGUAAUAACGAACCUCCCAUGAAUGGAAAGACUUUAAGUUUGGCCGAAUUGGAAGCUUCGCUUGCCCGACCUCAACAACAAGUGCAAGUUCAAGGGCAACCUCAACAAGCUCAGUCAUCUCAAGAACAUGGCAUUCCUCCAUUUGCGUAUGGUCAACCUGAUCCCAUGCAGAUUUUAGCCAUGAAGCAACAGCAAGAGAUGAAGGAACAACAAUUGUCUAUUGCAAGAGAAUUGAAGCGUCGAGAAUUUUACCGUAAAUCUCAAUAUGAUGGGCUUAUGACUCAACAUGAUAAGGAUGUCGUGAACCGUAUUCAACUUUCUCAGUUGGCUUCCGGCGAUCCUUAUGCGGAUGAUUUUUACUACCAAGUGUAUUCCUCACUUCGUCAACGUGCUGGUUUACCUCUGCAAUCAGCAACUUCUUCAACAGGAGCAGCAGUAACUACUGGUGCUCAUGGAUCAACUGAGGGAGGCCGUGGUCGUGGUCGUCGUGAAGAGAACAUGAUGCAACGUAUGCAACAACAAUUGCAACGCAUUGUGAAUGAUGCCAAGCGUCGACCCAAGCAAACGCAAGUGUCUUUGGAAGGUGCUUUAGGAAAGAUUACCUCAUUGACGGUUCGUAAUCCUCGUCAAGUUUUGCAAGUGCCUAGUACGAGUAGUGCUUCGUCUGACCCAAAUACACCUACGACUACGACAUCAACCGCAGAUCAUGUUCAAACACCUAAUCACGCCAAGUCAGCUACAGCUGCUGAUGAUAAACGUCUUGUGCUCAAGAUUACAGAGGACAUGUAUACACUUGUUUUGGAAAUCGAACAAAUGCAUCGUCAAGGACCUCCUCAAUCGCGUCAUAACCAUGAAGAUGAAAACGAUGAGAAGGAUCGUGCUGAAGCGUUUAAUGAAAAGUAUGGAGCCAAGGUAGAAAAGUUAUGGAAGACCUUACGUUUGACAGAGGCAGCCGAGACGCCCUUUUUGAUCUCGUUGCUUUCGAUCGGUAAAGGUAAAAAGUUGAUACCUCGUAUUGUACGUCAAUUAAGUCAUGACCAAAAUUUGACCUUGUUGACUGUAUUUGCUGGUAACUUUUCCAAGCUUCAAGUGUGCCGUCAUGUCAUCUAUCCUGGUACGACUGUAGCCAAUGUCGAUGAAGCCAAGAAGCAAAUGUUUGUUACUUUUGAUGAUGUAGAGUUAUUCAUGAAUAAUACGAUCCCACCUCUUUUGGGCUUUAUUGCUGAAGCCCCUCUUAGAAUUGUAAACGGGUUGCUUUUGUUGUUAUUGGAAAAGAAUGACAUUUUGACGGUGGCCCAAACAAAGCCUGGUUUGGCCUUUUUGACAAUGCUUUUGUCUCGUGCGGAGAUUUUGAAGCAAGGUGGUGGAGCUUUACAAGGUUUAGCGCAUCCUCCCCCAGAAGAGACUCAUCGCUGGCAAGAGCUUUACGGCAGUCUUUUUAAUACACUCAAGGGCCGUUACCUUGCUAUAUUCCCCUCUUUGUAUUAUUUGGUGCCUAUUAAUCCCAACACCCCCAUGAUGCAAUUAUCACUUGCUGUCGAUGAUAUCUAUGUAUGGCAAUUCCUGGCUGCUAUGGCUGUUGGUGCCUCUAUGGAUCAACAACAUAUUUUGGUGACUGAAGUCAGGGACCGUGUGAUGGAUAACAUUGUUCUUGCAAAGAGAAACCGUUUGCCAAUUGAACAAGCUAGCCAUCGUAUUGCCAACGUCAAUUUAUUUUUACAUGCUUUAGGUCUUGAUGCAUCUCAAGUGUCUGUUCCUCUGUAAAAAAAAAAAAAGGAAUCAAACAAAAAUUUAUAUUUUUUCGCAAAUUUUUAUUAUAUAUUUUCUCUCUUUCAAUUUUUUUUUUUUAUCCUUCUUUCUUAUCCACAACACACAUAUAUUUACAAAAAAUAAUUCAAAAUUAAAAAACGCUAAAUGUACAAAUGUAUCGGGAUUUUCUAUAUUUGAAUAAAAAAUAGCA